GCUGCCAGCCAUAAGCGGUUUGCCUUAGCAAACGCCAGGCACUAUACGCACGGACGAGGAUCAGUUCGUCCGGAAUUGCGCUCGAAGCUGGUCGUGUUUGGGUCCAGUAGCUCCUUUCGCGCUUUUGAACACGUUAGAGUGUGCUGUGAAUGUGACACGGGCAAGGAAAUCUCGACACUCUGUAACGGUGUGGGAAAUGGUUGAGUCCCUGCCAAGCCGGAAGUCUUGGGCUCUUGGUGCGAUUUUUGUGGUUGUUCGAGAGUUCCGCUUUUUCCUUUUUUUCCUGAAAGCGUGGGAAGAAGACGAUGAGAUGAAAUUGAAUUGAACGUUAUGAGCUGAUGGCAUUAUUCUUCCUACUAACUGGGCAGGAUAGUCUGAUGGCAACCGGUAGUAAUUUAACUAGCUAGUUAGGGGGGUAGUUGUUAUCCACGACACAAGAAGAAAAAAAAAUGCGACCAAGAGAUGCUUUACGUAUCUCUCGUCGUGCGGAAGAAACGUGAUUUAAGUGGUUCUGUGAAGAGACUGUAUACAAGAACUCGGUUCAACGAGAGGAAAGUGCAUUAAAAAGUUGACCGUAAUUGAAAAGUGCAUGACAAACAGAAAAGAAAAUAGGAAAGAUUCGUUACGGCUUCAAUUGUUGCGGUAAUAGUGGGAUGUUGCGAUGAAGAAAAAAUCCGGUGGAUGCUGAGAGAUCAUAGCACUUUAUUAAGCUAGCAUGAAAUAAUAGAAAGUUGGUUGAUGAAAAAAGUGGAAUGAAAACAAGUGAGGCAAACAGAAAGCCACCCACACGAAAGGAUUACUCGGAGGCAGCAUGUUGUGUUACAACAGCUCGGGCUUCAUUUUCUGUUAGUUUUGUGUGCACUCGCAAGAGGUUGGCGUUUGUUUAAUCUUUUAACUGAAGCGGUUAGAGGAAAAAAAUUUUCUCAUUUCAGUGUGAACCGUCGUUGAAACAAUCCAGCAACGACGACCGAGCGAACCAGGUCGGGGUGUGUUAUGGUGUAUCAACUUGUUGCUCGGAAAGGCAUCAUCGAAUCGGAAAAGUGGCGGUGACAACCAAAGUAAAUAGCGAGGUACAAAACGUGUAAGCGUGUGAUGGAAUAAAGUUGCUGGACUGGGCGUGAAGGGAAAGCACCGAAACUUGAAGGAGCUUUUGUGCGGUCCUCAGCGGUGAAAUCACAAAACGAAAUUCAUAUAUGUACUGAAAAGACGAAACCGUUGGAGUACAUGGAAAGUGGUGAAAUUAAACCAUUCAGUUUUCCGGUUUUGGCCAUGGCGAAAGUGAACCUCGAUUCACUGUAUCAGGGAAAUUAAUGGUAACGUCAUGUGCCACGACUGAAAUCAUCAAUAUGUCAGUUGACGCUGCCAUUGCUGCCGGUGCCGGCGUUGCCUCUAAUGUCUUCAGUCGAUUAUCGUCCUCCCUGGCCGGUACCAUCGGGAUAGGUACCACCGCACUGGUGACUGGCGGUGCCGGAGUAUCAGCAGACGAGCGAAAGCGAUAUUACUUUGACGAGCAUGAUGAUGACAGCACAGCUGCUGCGAAGCAUCAUUUGAACGGCCUCCGCGAAAAUAUCACAGCCUCCUCGAUGUACUCAAUGCUGGGACCGGGAGCCGCCUACAACCCAAUAGAGACUGCGAACGAUACCAACUUCUACUACGUGAACGGUGCCAUGGGAAUGGGAGAUUACUCCGAGACUGGCCAGAACGGCACGUUUUCAUUUAUCGAUGAUGACUACCAGAACUGUGUUGCGAUGUCAGGUAACGACUCCUACCUGAAUGUGUCAUGCGAGACGAUUCUCAACUAUAGCGUUCCGCUGUACGGUUACUGCACGCCGAUCUUCCUCCUCAUCACCCUGACUGCCAACUCGUUGAUCGUGAUUGUCCUGAGCAAACGUAGCAUGGCUUCACCAACCAAUUUCGUGCUGAUGGCUAUGGCACUUUGUGACAUGUUUACCCUGCUUUUCCCAGCACCCGGCCUGCUGUACAUGUACACGUUCGGCAAUCAUUAUAAGCCUUUAUGGCCCAUCGCCGCCUGCUAUUUGUGGAACGCUUUCGGUGAGGUCAUACCGGCCAUGUUCCACACAGCAUCGAUUUGGCUAACGCUAGCACUGGCAGUGCAGAGGUACGUUUACGUCUGUCACGCACCCAUCGCCCGCACCUGGUGUACGAUACCGAGGGUCAAAAGGUGUAUCGCCUACAUCUGUCUAGCUGCACUAAUUCAUCAGAGUACCAGAUUUUUUGAUAAAUCCUACAGCCCGGUGGAGAUCAAAUGGAACGGCAACUACACGCAGGUGUGUCACACAGACACCGCCAGCUGGGUGCACAACUACAUCGGUGUGGACAUCUACUACACGUUGUACUACUCGUUCCGGAUAUUGUUCGUACACCUGAUACCGUGUGUUAGCUUAGUAGCACUAAACGUGCUGCUGUUCAAGGCGAUGCGUCAGGCGCAGAAGAAACGCGAACGUCUCUUCAAGGACAACGCCAAAAAGCGGGAAUGCAAACGAGUUCGAGACUCCAACUGUACCACGCUGAUGCUGAUAGUGGUGGUAACGGUUUUCCUAGUAGCCGAAAUACCACUCGCUGUCAUAACGGCAUUACACAUCAUUUCCUCGCUGAUUUACGAGUUCCUCGAUUACUACAUAGCGAACAUGUUUAUCCUGUUCGCGAAUUUCUUUCUCAUCAUUAGCUAUCCGAUCAAUUUUGCCAUCUACUGUGGCAUGUCUCGUCAGUUUAGGGAAACAUUCAAGGAGAUCUUUGUCAAAUCGGCAAAACAGAUACCGGGCAGCAAGAAGGAUUGUGGUUCCUCGCGGUACUCCCUUGUCAAUGGUCCACGGACGUUCACGAAUGAGACUGUACUGUAACUGUAAGUGAGCACAGGUUACUUGGAUUGCUCAUGUAUGACCAGCGUGAUAUGUCGUACUCUGAUAGGAUUAAUUUAAGCUUCAAGGAUGUGACACUCUCUCUCACUCUAACGAAAAAAAAUAGUGUGCAAGUACCUAAGGUUUCAUGUUGUUAUACCUAGACAAACAACCACCUUAAACGAAAGAAUCAUUUGAAUUAGAAAUUCUGAGCCCAAGUUUCUAAUUCAAAUGAAGUCACCCAUACAAGAAGAAGAAAAAGUCUACCGGAUGACUUAGCAAAUUAUAUCAUAAUCGGAAACUACCUAGAGAAUUUUAGUUCUGUUCUUUGAAAACAAAUUCCUACUUUUUAGUCGAAGGCACAUGCGAGUUAUAUGCGCAUCUAGGGAUAGUUCAGCAAUGCACUUCAGUCUUUACUGAUAAAAUCAGACUGAGGACCGACAGGCAGCUUCCCGUUUUUCAUGCAAUGGUAUUUAGGCAACAAAUAACGAAAAGUAUUUCUAGAACUGUCGUCAGUUUGUAAAUCUAGCAAAUAAAACAUUAGUUAUCAUUCAAUUGAUCUUUUUUCAGACUUAGAUAUCCGCCGAGGGUAAACAAAUACUAUUUUUGUGAAACGUUGAAAAGAUAAAUUGGAAACGAAUCAAAAUUUACGAAUC